AUGCCUACAUCGAGCUCAGUGCUUCGCAUGCUCGAUUUGGACGCUCGCACCACUGAAGCUGGCCUGCAUCGUAUGAACUGCAAUUUUUGUGAAGAAAAUAACUCCCAAAGCCAUAGCUCCAAGCGCAAACGGUAUUUUUGGGAUGGUUUGACAUCCUGUAGAGCUACUCAGCCUCAGCCCGGCGGUCUACUUUCAUUGUUUGAAGCCAUACUCAUAACUUAA